AUGGCCGAUAAAAUGGGGCUUUCAGGUGCUGAGGAAGAGCCCAGUGCCCUGAACAUCCUCACCCUGCUGGAGCGUGUCUCUGGGAUCAUUGACAAUGUGCAAGCAUGCCAGCAGCGAAUGGAGGAGAGACAGCUGGAGCUGGAAAACACAGUGAAGAGCAUCCAGGCAGACGUUGUGAAGCUGACGAAAGAACACACUUCUACCAGCAGCACAGUGGAGAAGCUCCUGGAGAAAACCCGCAAGGUCAGCUGCCACAUCAAGGACGUGCGAGUCCGUGUGGAGAAGCAGAACAUCCGAGUGAAGAAGGUGGAAGAGACCCAGGGCGAGCUGCUGACCAAGAACAAGUUCAGAGUGGUCAUUUACCAGGGUGACAAUGAAGUUCCAUCUGUGGCAGCACCAAAGGCUUCAGCAAAAGGAGCUACAGCCAGUGACGCUGGUGUGGAUCCUGACAUGGUGGACCCCCCUGUGGAGCCCUCUUCCGAUGAGGAGUACAUGGUGGUGGAGGAGGCUGACUCCUCCACAGCUGCUCGACUUAAGAAGACCGGCCUCAAACGCAUCGAGAGUCUGAAGGCCACAUUCUCGCGUGAGAACAUGUCAAAGACCAAGGAGAACCUGGGCAGCAAGGUGAACCGGCUAGGGGAGCGUAUUGUGACCGCUGAGCGCCGCGAGAAGAUCCGUCAGUCAGGAGAACGUUUAAAGCAGUCGGGUGAGCGUCUCAAGGAAACGAUCACCAAGAGCGUGCCCGCCAAACUCAACCUAAAGAAGGAGAGGACUGUGGCUGAAGGCCAAGAGGGUGCAGAGGGGGCCACAGAGGGCGCGGCACCUGUCCCUCCACCGAAGGGACGCAAAUCUAGCCCCGACGUGGCCUACACUGAACCCACAGAGCCCAAUCAGGAGGCUGCAGAGGGUGGCAAAGGAGAGGAGGCCGAGGUGCCAGUGUAUGACAUGAAACAGCUUUCCUAA